AUGAAGAGAUUUUUAACUCAUUUUUCCAAACAUAAGGCCGAAAAAACAAUUGAAGGAGACACACCAAAAUCUCCAUCAGUACAUACAAAUGACUCUAUAGCUAGUGAAAACACCAGUGUAAAUAGUAGUAUUGUUUUUAACCCAGAACCGACCAGACAAUUGGUAAAAUCUUCAAAAAUAUUAGACUUAAGUUUAAACUAUGAUCUACCUCUUGUACAACCAAAUAUUAUUUAUCCUUACAAAUCCAUGGUUAAAAGUAAACGGUCAUUUAAUAGUACUUGGUAUAAACAGUAUCCAUGAAUUGAGUACUCAAUACAAUUUGAUCAAAUUUUUUGUUAUUAUUGUAGACAUUUUUUACCACAAAGUCAACAUUGUAAUCCUAAUGCUGGUAAUCUAACGAUUCAUGGUUAUUCAGACUGGAAACAUAUAGGCAGUAUGGCUAAAGUACAUGAUAAAUGUGACACACACAAAUUAGCAUUGGCUAAAUAUUGCGAAUAUUGA